UUUCGAAAACAGGGGUUCAGUCUCAUUUACUCAAUUACUCCCUCUCUGGCUCUCAGCUCUCUUUCACUCUAAACUCAAACUCUUCCUCCACCUCCACUGGUCGCUGCCGCACUCCCGCACCACGCCACCGCCGGAUGCUGCUCCAUCACAGACGCCUUCCGCCGCUGCUUUGACGUUGUCGGUGCUGCUGUGGGUUGCUCGAAGCCUCGAUUCGAACACAGUCGAACUCGAAGGUUUUCAAACCCUAAUCCCUAAAAAUCGAAAUUUUUGAUUUUGUUUAAGUUUUUCAAUGUUGAAAGGAAGAAGGAUUGUUGGCAAGGGAGAGGCUAUGGCUGCUCAUUAUGCUUUUGGUCCUCAUGAAGAUGAUGCCAUUAUAAAGCACCGGCUUCUCACACGCACAACCACUACAAGAGGUGAACCUCCAUUGAAAAAGUUACAAAAGAAAUUUACUGCUUUUGUUGCUGAGGUUGAGAAGAGCGGAGAUAAUUACAAUGAUUGUGAGAAACUCGCAAAAACAUUUCUUCAGGAACUUACUACAUUUGAGAUUCCGUUAUUGAAAAGCAAAGCAGUUGUUGAUGCAAACUUGAGGGAGAAGGAUUAUUAUACUGAGCUGAAAGAUGAAAUUAAUAACCAGAUUCUUCAGGUUCAGACAGAAAUUGAAGAUUUGAAGAAGGAACUUGAAGCCAGCAAGAUUGAGAGAAAGCAUAAGGAAGAAUGUGAGACAAUACGAAAAUUAAUUGCCAACCAGCCCCCUCGGUCAGAAACAGAGAAGGCGAUUGCAGAACUUGAGAAAGAGAUUGCUGAAUUGGAAGCAGAAGACAUGGCUAGCGCGAGACUGCUAGACCUCCGCAAGAAACAGUUUGCUCUGCUCUUACAUGUGGUGGAUGAAUUGCAGAUAACAUUAGAGAGUGAGCAUCGAAGCAUUGUUGAAGAGAUGAAAAAUCUAACUGAAGAACAGAGGGUUGGUCCGGAAACGACCGGCAGUGUAGCUAUGAACAUUGAUUAGCUAUUUAUUGUGUUUGAACCAUGUGUUGUGUGAGUAAUUUUCAACUAUUAUAAUCCGCUUGUUAUGCUCUUGUAGGGUGUUUUAAAAAUGGAAUUAUGAAAUUAAAAUAGAGCAAAUGCUAUUUUUCUAUUUUUCUUGUC